AUGACCGAGAAUAAAUGUAAGUCAUUUGAAAAUUUACUACCUACAACUACAACGAAACAAUCACAUACACGAUUUCCUGAACAUUUUGAAAAGCAUCGCAAUGAGCUUCACCGUGAAUUAGCCAUGCAUUGGCCAUUUCGUACUGAUGUGCCAGAUUCUACAGUUGUACCACCAACUAUAUCUAAAUCUACUGCUUAUUCAAAUAUUCGUGAUGGUAAUAAAUCGAAUAUAACACUCGGUGAUAAUGAUAUUUUACAUCAAACAUAUUCAAAUCUACGAUCGAAUAAUUUAACAUCAACAAAUCAUACUGGAUUAAUUAGUAAAAAAUCAGAAACAGUUAAUCGUAUAAUACCAACUGAUGGUCAAUUUUCAUCUGAUGAACGUCAGCAACAUAUUGAAUGGACAGUAAAAGCCCAAGAAGGUAUUAUUACUUAUGAAUUACCUGAUGGUUUACCGGAUGGGUUUGCUUUAUAUAAUAAACUUCAGAAAUUAAUGAAAACAAAUACAAUCUAUUUAAAUGAUAGAUAUUUUUGGACAACAUUAGAAAAUCGAUUUAAAAAUUUAAGAAAAGUAUCAUAUUAA